AUGAAAGUGACUACACUGCUGCUAUUCUGUCUAUCAGCAACCGCGUGGGCGGGGCCUGAAAAGCGCGAUACGACAUCAACAACCAGCGGGUUCGAUUUUGCAUCAUUCACCAAUAUCAUAAUCGACCUCGCAGCCGCAACACAAACUGGCAAUUUCGCCAAUAUCUCCCCAGCCCCAAGAUCCUUCCUCCAAGAGAUUCUCGCCGUAGUUCCCAUGACUGCCGUCGGGGAGCUAAUGGACGCGACAUCCCGUAGCUCCCUCGCCAGUGAGCUUAAUGCUGGCACCACACCCGCCUGGUACUCCAGUCUCCCGGUCGAGGCAAAGAGCUACAUAUCUGUCGUCCGACUACAAGUCCAGAGCGGCGCAGUCACUGCUACCACUGGUCUGGCGUACGAGACUUCUGCUGCCAGUGGGUCUGGGGGCACAGCUGCGACGGGAACCGGGACGGCGACAGCGACAGCGGCUGCGUCGACUUCGAAGUCCAGUGGCAUGGCAGCUCAGCCUACGGUCAUGACCGCGAUGGCCGGUGCUGCCAUGGGUAUUCUUGGGUUGGCUCUAGCGUUGUGA